GUGGGGGGUUCCCCCUCUUCAGUAGGGGCGAGCGUGGGGUGGAGGGCAAAGUGGGUCCUCCGGGCACGCACACGCGCGCAGGCUCGCAGGGCGGCGGCAGAGAGAAGGGAUCCUCCCGGGCUCCAGCUCUCCUUCUCUGCCACUGCCAGCAGGGAUCCCUUGGAGAAGCCCCCCGCACCGGCCCUGGACGGAAGAAGGGAUCCCCCCACCCCAAAAUAAAGAGAACGGGGGACCCCCGCGGCGGAGCUCCGAAGGAGGGUCCGAGUUUGGGACCUAACGAGGGAUCGACUCUUAGCAGUGCAGAAGAAGAUCCCUUCCCGGGUGGAUCCCCGCGCCCUCGGGGAGAGCUGCGAGAGAGAGACCGAUCCGGCGGGCGCGCAGAGCAGAAGCGGGCCCAGUGGCAUCGCCGCGCCGCCUCCCUCGCUCGCUCGCUCGCUCGCUUCGGCGGCGCCAGGAUGCGGCCUCGGCUCCGGCUGGCCUGGUGGGGCCUCUGCCUGGCCCUGACUCACCUGCAGGCAGGGGCCUUCGUCCUACACCUGGAGACGGACUGCCCGCUCUCUGCAGAGGGCAGGGUCCUCUGGGCCAACUGGACCUUGUCCUUCAACAAGGUCCCCUUCAUCUGCUACGACCACGACAGCCAGAGCUACCAGCCCUGCGGCCUCGGCGUCUUCUUCCCCUGGAACUACUCCACCGUCUACCUCUCUGAUCAGCUGGACAGAAUCCUGGGCAGGCAGAUGGAGAAGGCACAGCAGAAGUGCCAAGGGCAGGUCCAGUCGCUAUGGGGACGGACGGGGGCCAGGCAGGCACUCCCAAAUGUCCGCAUUUCCCCCAUCACCCCUCAGAACACCCCAGCCCCCAUCAUGUUGGCCUGUGAUGUGUGGGGCUUCUACCCAAGAGACGUGGGCAUCACCUGGUUGUGGAACGGAGCCCCCGUGAAGAAUAGGACGGUCCCAGAGGUGGCCUUCAGCAACGGAGACUGGACGUACCAGGCUCAGCUGACGCUGCCAGUCGACCCCCAGCUGGGGGGAACCUACACCUGCCGUGUGACCCACGGGAGCCUUAAGGAGGCCAUCACCAAGGACUGGGCUCCAGGCCUGCCACUGGACCUCAGGGUGAAAGUGGGGGUCUCAGUGGCUGUCCUGGGAGUCGGCGUUCUUCUGCUCGUUCUCGGCACCAUCUGUUGGGGGAAGAGGGUGCCUGAAGGCUAUGCCCCCAUCGAUGGCAGCACCUACCCUGAAGGUCACUGAUCUGCCCAGUCAGCACCACAGAGCUCCGUCUGGAUGUGCCCCCCCAACUCCUUUUGCUGGCUGAUCUCCUCUGAGAUGCUUCCCAACGGAGACCACAAACUCUUGGAAAAACUGGGCUCAAGGGAGGUCAUCCAUCCUGGCUUCAUCACUGCUUGAAAGACCAUAGAGGGAGCCCCUCCCCCCCAGUGGAUCUAGGCCAGCAUAGCCUGCUUCCCACUGUGGCCAACCAGGCGGUGCCCUGAAGGGAAGCAGGGCACGUGCAACAGCCACACAACCCCUCUCCUGGUCCUAUAGCCAAAGCCUUAACCGCCGCCGCCUCUGUUAAUUUGUCUAAUCGCCCUCUAAGCUUGUGGCAGCUAAUUAAGUACACGCUGGUCAAAGACUGCCUUCCUUUCCUCCCUCCAGAACCUUUCAGCACUCACUUUCCUUGGCUGACCCCGGCUGGGUGGCAGCAAUAUCAAUCUAGCUCAGGAUUGUUUACACUGACUGGCAGCAGCAAAGAUUCCUUUGAGGACCGAGCCUUGGGCCUUUGGCAUGUAAGGCCACUGAGCUCAGCAGGCCCACAUUCUCUAUGGAUGGGGGACGUCUCUGGCCCUCCAGAUGUUGCUGCCCAAUGACAGCUCCCCCAGCCCUGACCGUCGCCCAUGCUGCCGGGGACUGAUGGGAGGUGGAGUCCAGCAGUACUGGGGGGGCACCACAGACCCCAACCCCUGCUGUCUACACCGGGGUAAGGGUCACAAUCCUCGCAAUAUAACCGGUUUUAAUCAAGCAGCCUUGUCCUUCCAAAUCUGCCUGCAAGUGUGUGCUCAACUUUUUUUAAAAAAGCCUUGACAGUUGUCAAAAUAAAUGAGAAAACCCCUCUG